UAGCAGUGUGAGUUGAGGGCCUGGACUUUCAAAAGAAGAUCUGGUACCGAAGAUCUCUACUCUAGAAUCUCUACUAAUCUCUAAAAUCUAGAUCUAUAGAGUAGAUCUUUAUGUAUACAUACAUUAGAAUGAUUAGAUUAUCCAUAUAUCUUAUCGUAUACCAUACAUAUACUUAGAAUAUAAGAGUCUAAUAUAUACUACUAUCAUAAUCGUCUAGAUCUAGAAAUCUCUAGACCUAUUUUAUGAUUAUGAGUAUUUUAAUUUUUUUUAGUAUUUACUUUUAGUUUUAGCCUUAGACUAAGACGCCUACUUUAGUCUUCUUAGUUACUUACCAUGAUUAUGAUAACCAUCCAUGAUCUUCAUCUUCACUGAUCUUGGCAAUCUUGGGACAAGUUGGAUAUAAAUCAUCUAAAUCUAGAUAGUAGAUCUAGUCUCACCGUGACUUAGUAGUUAAAUCUAGUAUAUUGUAAUGUGAAGGAUGCCUCAAAGCAGAAAGCGAAAAAUAAAUCUACCAACUGAAACGUUACCUAAGCAGCAGAGACUCUGUAGAGCUGAAAGAAAAAGUUUAUCCAGGGCUGCCAAAGUUUCCGUUACAAGAGGCCAGAAAGCUUUAACUAAGAACUCCAAACAAAACACAAUUAAAAAAUUAUCACAGACAAUUAAAGCAACUGAGCCUGUAAGUGUUAGAUUAGAACAGGCCAUCCACUUCUGUGACAACUACAGUGCCAUAAAGAUCCUGACUUCUUCCGAUCCGGCUGACCGCUGUAGUAAAAAGCUGCUCAGCGACGUCCUCCUGAAAGCAUGCGUCAGAGGCAUGCUGCCAACUGUCCGAGUUCUUUUAAAACAGGGAGCAGCCCUGAAUAAAAAGAAUAUUUUGUGCGGUACCCCCCUUACCGCUGCAGUAGAAAACGGCUUUUUGGACUUGGCCGAAUUUUUGAUUGAGAAAGGAGCCGAUGUGAACCUAACUUCGGGAUUCAGCAACACCGCUUUGAUCAUCGCUAUAAAAAAACAGUAUUCUUUCUCAUUAAUUACAAACUUGGUCAAAGCCGGGGCAGACCUUGAUGUAAGAAAUCACGAGGGCAAGACGGCUGCCAUGAUUGCAGUGGAAAGGUAUGAUUUGAAAUCACUGCUGAUUUUACUGAAACACGGGGCUUGUCUUGAAAUAAGAGAUCUUUCGGAGAAAACGGUCCUGGACUAUGCCUCAGAGAGGAACAUCUUGGAGGCGGUGCGGCUGAUGUCAGAGAAUUGUUCCGACCUGAAUCUGCUGUUGAACAAAGCACUAGAGGACAAGGAGAACACUGUGCUGCAUCAAUUCAUUGACACUGACUUAGUCUCUCUGUGUUCAAACAAUAAUCACAAGAAGGAUUUACACUCUGUUGUUCAAAACAGGGAGAUAAAUUCCAACCCUGAAGUCCUAGAAGAUACCAAAUUUAAUGGCAUAGAUUUUGAUGAAUCGGAUGACCUAAAUCAUGAAGCACCAGGCAAUAACACAGCAAAACAAGUUAGUACAUUACCAAUCUGUGUGGCUGCAGCCAAGGGCAAGAUGGCGGCUCUCAAGAUGUUAUUAUCUGAUGGAAUAGAUGUCAAUAUCCAAGACAAUUGCAACAAAAUGACGCCGUUAAUGUUUGCUGCUGCCAACGGCCAUGUUGAUGUUGUUAAAUAUCUUCACAGCCAGGGUGCAGAUAUCACCUUAGUUAGCCAAGAAGAUUUCUCUGCACUAACCUAUGCAAUCAAAUCUGGACACUUGCAGUGUGUUAAACUUUUAUUAAAAUUGGGAGCAGCUAUCAACACAAAGCUUGAUGUUUUCAUCGCUGCUACUGAAAACCAAAUCAACUGCUUAAAACUUCUCUCCCAUCAUAUUGAUGCAGCUGAUCUGGAUAUUGAAAUACUAUCAGCUGCUGUCAGGGCAUCCAACAUAAAAUUGGUGAAGUUUCUAAUUGACAAGGGAAUGGAUGUGAAUGCUGUAAAUUAUUCUGGGGAAUCUAUUCUUCUCCAAUCAAGGAACGAACAAAUGUCUCGUUUGCUUAUUAAGAAAGGUGCUGUAGUCGACUGUUUGAGUACAAUAUUUACGGAAGAUGAGAAUGACGAAGAUUCUGACAAAGAGAAAACUAUUGCCUUCUUGAUCAAAAAUGGUGCCAAUUUGAAUGAAGCCAAUGUGGACGGUAUCUUACCACUAAUAAAGGCAACAGUGAAGAAUAAAGUUAACAUAGCCAAAGUUCUUCUUGAUGGAGGAGCCAGUCCUGAUGUAAGAUGCCCAAAGGGAUUGACUGCGCUUAUGUACGCUGCACAGAGGGACUUUACUGACAUGAUCAGCCUUCUGUUACAGCACGGAGCCUCAGUGAAUGCAGAAACACCAGAAGGUCGGAGUGUCCUAAUGUUUGCAGCCAUGAAUGGCUGUGAGGAGAGUGUCCGGCUUCUCUUGGCUCACGGUGCAGACGUCCAUUUGAAAGAUAAGCAUGGAGAGACUGCCCUGCUGAUGACCACCCACGAUGAAGUAGUGAAACUGUUGGUCGACGCAGGAGCAGAUGUAAACAUUCGUAACAACGAAGGACUGACCCCCUUACAACUUUCCAAGAUGACUCGAAGAUUUUCCUUACAAAAAACAUUGGAGUGUCUGGGGGCCAGGACGGAGGGUAUUCAGGGUUUCAGCACUGAUAAUGGCUGCACUGCUAACUUGGGAAAGUCUGGGUGCCAAGGUUGAAGUUUGUUCAGUGACAUCUGUACUACUAGUAGGCUAGAUUUUUCAAAGACCAAUUGUAUAUAUACUAAUAUAUAUCUUAUUUGAGUUAUCUUAUAUUUUUUUGUUUUCCCUUGCUUUAACCCUUAAGGCGCGUGUGGUAGUUUAGCCUCCAUUGCUUAUGCACUCAUUGUAAAACAUCUCAGCAUUUUAAGGGUUAAGUAUUUUCAUUACUGUGUCCUAAUGUUGAUAUCAUUCACACUAAUAAACAAAGCAUAUAAACUACCAUAGAGACCUCUUCUUUUUUUAUAAUCAUUUCAAGGCACUGUAGCCUCUGGUUAUCAGUUGAAAUCUAAUUAGGUUAACAAUAGGUGGCUUGAAUUUUUAAUGUUGUCCUCGAGUCCACCCAACUUUAAUGGAUGCCUGACAGAUGAUGAAGUAUUAGUGUUUGGUCAUAGUGCUGGCUACAUGACACCUGUGAUAAUUAUUGGCCAUAGUAAAAGCAUUGCAUCAUCCACCCCAAGGUUUGAAAGAAGAACUUAACUCUUACCUACUUAGUUAAAAGUACAUUAAGCAUUUGAGAGUCGUUGUCUUAGUCAUCAGCUCGUCCAUUUUAUUUCUAAUGCCACAAUUGAAUGUCGUAAUGUAAGUCAUAAUCUAUUUUGGAUUAUAAGUGUCUGUUGCAUAAGUAAAUGUGAUUGCUAUUACCGAUUAAAUUUUUUUUUCUCAUGGCACUUGCCUAUGCUCUCUUAAUUUGUUAGAUUUACUGGCACCGUAAGGGUUCUAGCCUUACCUUUAAUAACUUGCACUUAUAGAUAUUGAUUAUUAGAAGGGUGAGCGCGCGCCCAUCCCCACCCCCACCCCCGGAAGAAGAGAGCACAAGGCAGCAGGGGGCUUCUGAAUGAGGCAGCUGGAAAUCACUUACAAAGGCCGCAGGAUACGUAUGAGAGAUGUGAAAAAAUAUGUACGUCCCAACUGGGACUGUUAAGCCACAUGAAACACUUCACUCCUCAUUAAUCUCGAAGACAAGCUUUAUUAUUAAUGAUUAGAAGAUUGUAGUAAUAAUUACAUUUAUAUUAGAAAGCCCUGAAGUCUGAAUCCAAUAUGACCCAAAUCUUGGAGGGAAUAAUAGUCGGAUAAAAGAAAGUAGUUAAGGGUUACCUAAGCUUUAUAAAAGUACCUGGUAUUGCAUUGAAUAAAAAAGAAACUUAAUAGGACUUUGCAAUGUGAGGAGAUGUGAAAAAAUUAAUAAUCUUUUUAGACUGCCAGACUAAAGGUUAAAACCAAGUCUACUGGAAAGCUGUGGUUGAUAGAAUGAAACAAAAUGCAGGUUUUACUUGCUUCAUAAUGUUGAGCUCGGUGAAUGCACUCUGCUUCAGCUUAUAGGAUAUUUACUGGUCAUCAAAUAUUGUUGUGUUAGACCCUUCUUAUAGGAUAUUUACUAGCCAUCAAAUAUUGUUGUGUUAGACCCCUCUUAUAGGAUAUUUACUGGCCAUCAAAAAUUGUUGUAUUAGACCCCUCUUAUAGAUUAUUUACAGGACAUCAAAUAUUGUUGUGUUAGACCCCUCUUAUAGAUUAUUUACUGGCCGUCAAAUAUUGUUGUGUAAAACCUGUCUAUGAUUGUGAUACUGCAACUGAGUAAAGAGUGACUACUGAAGUAAUGUCUUUAAUUGCUUGUAUUAUCUUAAAUGUUUCUAAAAUUACCUACUGUGCUUUUUUCUUGGCAAUUUGUUUAAAGGGAUUGAAUAUUACAGACUAGGUCAUUUCAAAGUAUUGCUUCUUUUUUUUUUUCUUUUUUAAAUGGAGAGAAUGUUUAAUGAAAUUAUUUUUUAUGUUGACUAGUUUUUUUUAAAAUCAAAACUAUUAAUUUUUCUAUUAUUAAUAACAAUAUUAAAACAUUCAAAUUCUUGUAACAACAUUGUAUAAUCAUAUUUUCCUUUUAUUUUUAUAUUCGUUUAUUUCAAUCAUAUAUUUUAUGUUGACCAUCUCCAAAAAGAUUUUAUUGGCAGCCAAAUGUAUAGAAUCAAGUAAAUUUCACAUUAUAGAUUUAGUUGUAUGCUUUGUGAUAAUCUUGUUUAACCAUCUGUCAUUGUCAGAGAGAGCUAUUAAAAUGCCUUUUUUUUCCCACUAGGGAUUUUAAAUAGCUCAUCAGCUAUCAUCGUUUGGUUGUUUUGCUUGUGGAUUAUUUUCUUUGAUUAUGUGAUCAUAAGCACAAGGUGCUGCAUGCUUGUGUAUUAUAUAUAUACGCUGUUGCCACAUUGGUUCUGGGUUUAAACCCAUCCCUCAGCCAUCCCCUGCCAGUUUUGCAGGGCCUGACGUUAUAAUUUUCAUCUCUGAAGAAACGUUAUAGACGCAGAAAAAAAAAUCCAAUUCUGCUAUGUAACUUAUGACUGCUCUUAUGGGUAAUUACAUAUAUAUAUAUAUAGUUCAUCCAUCGUGGUUUGAUGAUGACCACUUUUGUCAUCAGGGGGACUGAGUGCUUUGCACUGGGGUUUUGUGAGUCCUAUGUGAGCCCAGAAUGUUCGGCUGCACACUUUGCAGGUUAAUCCAGCUGGAGCUAGUAACAUCGGCUUUGCUUUUUUUAAAAUAGGUUUCGUUUUUUUUUCUAGUUGUAUUGAUAAAUAAAUAGUUGUGAACAAGGUUUUUCGGUAGUCUCAAAAUAAGCCAAUGUAGAAUUCAUUUUUUUUCUCAACGAAUGGUCAUGUUUGGAGAAAUGUUAGUACAGAAAAUAUUAAAUAUACUUGAAAAAUGACAAAUAUUCUGCUAACGACCAACUUAAUAAACUAAGGUUAGAUGAUUUGAUCUAAAAAUAUAUAUUUACUUGUUAUGACUUAAUAUUUCUUUAUAAUCUUUAUUAUUACGUUUUGUGUAUGACAUUUAAAAGAGCAUUUCAGGUAAAUGUUGAGACUGCCAGAUAGAAUCACAAGUUUAUCAUUGUAGCUCUAUUUAUGUUAUAUGUGUUAUUGAAUAAUUAUGCAUUUAAGUUUGUUAUAUGCCUAAAUAGUAUUGAGUAUUUUGGCUACUUCCAAAGGACCAUAAAAAUAUGCCAUAAUCAAACAGGUUUUUUUUUGUGUGUGGCAUAUUUUGAUUCUUAUGUAUACUAAGCCAAAAAAUAGAGAUGUGUUUUAUAUUAUAAAUUGAUAGCCAUUAUUUUCAUAAACAAAUUGACAAGUCUUUUUUUUCCAUUUUCUCUUUUUUUUUCCAUUUUCUCUCUUUUUUUUUUUUUUUUUCCUCAUUUCUUCUAAAAAAAAUUUGUUAAUUUUAUUAAGAAAAAACUAAAAAGUAGCAGACGUGAAUCCUUUUAGUUUUGUGACUUGAAAUGACCAGAGUACUCUAUCUUGUUGACUCCUGUUAACCUUAUUUUGUUUCUAUUUAUUCUUUGGGUUUUGUCUUUCUCAGCAACACAUAUUUUGUGUAUUAUGUCUUAAAAGAAAACAAUGUUGAUAAAACUUCAUCUAGUUAUUGAUAAAACUAUGUAUAAUUAUUGUUGAUAAAUAAACUUUGUGAAGUUGUAAAAAAAAAUAAUUGUUUUUUUAGUUUUAGUUUUGACUUCUUAGUCUUUGCAGUCAUUGAAAAUGAGACAUAAUGUCUAUUAAGAUAGAGAAACUCUGUUGAAAGGACCCAGAAGGGAAUAAGUUAGGUCAAAGGAGACCCACGUUUUUUUAAGACAUAAUAAUAAUAAUAAUAAGGCUUGUCUUCAAGUCCAAAGAGUAAUGAGGAACACAGUAUUUCCCGUGGCUAGGCAGCCCCACCUAUAUAUUUAAGACAUAUUAAGCUAUUAAUCUUAUUACAUUUAGCUGAAGCUAUUACAAUUAU